AUGGCGGCGGGGUCGGGCGGGAGCGGGGGCUCGGGGGGCGGCCCCGGGUCCGGGGGCGACCUGGGCGGCGGCGGGGAGCUGCACCCGCGCACCGGGCGCCUGGUGAGCCUGUCGGCCUGCGGGCGCACGGCGCGGCGCCAGCAGCCCGGCCAGGAGUUCAACCACGGGCUGGUGCUGAGCCGGGAGCCCCUGCGCGACGGCCGCGUCUUCACCGUCCGCAUCGACCGCAAGGUCAACUCCUGGAGUGGCUCCAUUGAGAUUGGGGUGACGGCACUGGACCCCAGUGUGCUGGACUUCCCAAGCAGCGCCACGGGGCUGAAGGGGGGCUCGUGGGUUGUGUCGGGCUGCUCGGUGCUGAGGGACGGACGCUCUGUGCUGGAGGAGUAUGGUCAGGACCUGGACCAACUUGGCGAAGGGGACCGAGUGGGUGUGGAGCGCACAGCUGCCGGGGAGCUCAGGCUCUGGGUGAAUGGGCGGGAUUGUGGCGUGGCCGCGACUGGCCUGCCCGCUCGUGUCUGGGCCGUCGUGGACCUUUAUGGCAAGUGCACCCAGAUCACGGUGCUGCCCCCUGAGCCAGGCUUCAGCCCCCCUACUCCCACCCCUACGCUUCCCCUCGAGCCUUCUGCCCCCCCUGAAGAUUCUGCAUUGGCUGAACAGGGGACCUCUGGGGACGAAGAUUUUGCCAGCAUGGAGUUGUCUGAGGUGGUGAGCAACGCCAUCCUGUCUGCCUACAAUGGGGGUCUCUUAAAUGUGAACUUGAGCUCCCCACCAGCAGGAGAAAGUCUGGGUCCUAGUGGUGCUGCCACCUCUCCUAUCCUCACUUCCAACGAUGCUCUGCUCUUUCAUGAGAAGUGUGGGACUCUCAUCAAACUCAGCAACAACAAUAAGACAGCCGAGCGCCGACGACCCCUGGAUGAAUUUAACAAUGGAGUCGUGAUGACAAACCGUCCACUACGGGAUAAUGAAAUGUUUGAGAUCCGCAUCGACAAGCUUGUAGAUAAGUGGUCGGGCUCCAUUGAGAUUGGUGUCACCACCCAUAACCCCAACAAUUUGGAAUAUCCAGCCACCAUGACCAAUCUCCAAUCAGGAACCAUCAUGAUGAGUGGAUGUGGAAUCCUGACCAAUGGCAAGGGGACGCGCCGGGAGUACUGUGAAUUCAGUCUGGAUGAGCUGCAGGAAGGUGACCACAUAGGUCUCACGAGGAAGUCCAAUUCUGCUCUACACUUCUUUAUUAAUGGCAUCGAUCAGGGUGUGGCCACCCCGCUGACUCCUCCAGUGGUCUAUGGUGUGGUGGACUUGUAUGGGAUGGCAGUGAAGGUGACCAUUGUGCACAACAACAACCACAGUGACCGUCUACGCCGGAAUAACGCUAUCCUGCGGGCACUGUCCCCCGAGGGUGCUCUCCGCCGAACUGCCCCUUCCACUCAGGCAGAACCUGAGCGUCUGCUUUUCCACCCCAACUGUGGACAGAAGGCAGCCAUCACCCACGAGGGACGCACUGCCUUGAGGCCCCAUGCCACUGAUGAUUUCAAUCAUGGAGUAGUGCUGAGCAGCAGAGCCCUGCGGGAUGGAGAGGUGUUCCAGGUACGCAUCGACAAGAUGGUGGACAAAUGGGCUGGCUCCAUUGAGAUUGGUGUCACCACCCACAACCCUGCCUACCUCCAGUUACCCUCCACCAUGACCAACUUGCGUUCUGGGACCUGGAUGAUGACUGGAAAUGGGGUGAUGCACAAUGGGACAACCAUCUUGGAUGAAUAUGGACACAAUUUGGACCGCCUCAAGGCAGGGGACACGGUGGGCGUGGUGCGUCGGGAGGACGGGACUCUUCACUUCUUCGUCAAUGGGAUGACUCAGGGCCCUGCCGCCUGGAACGUGCCCCCGGGUGUCUAUGCUGUCGUGGAUCUCUAUGGCCAAGCAGCCCAAGCCACCAUUGUGGACGACGUGGAGGUGCCUCCAGUCCCUGAGCCACUCCCUGAUGGGAACAACCAAGUGUCUCCAAGCUCUCCAUCUUCAGGGGCCGGAGCUUCUGACCUGCGCUUCCACCAGCUACAUGGCAGUAACGCCAUCAUCACCAAUGGGGGCCGCACUGCGCUUCGUCACAACUGCCGUAGCGAGUUUAACGAUGCCAUUGUCAUCUCCAAUCGGGCCCUACGGGAUGGAGAAUUGUUUGAAAUUGUUAUUCAGAAGAUGGUGGACCGCUGGUCAGGCUCCAUCGAGGCUGGAGUCACUGCUAUUAGGCCAGAGGAUCUUGAAUUUCCUAACACGAUGACGGACAUUGACUAUGAUACAUGGAUGCUGAGUGGCACAGCCAUCAUGCAAGACGGUAACACCAUGCGCAACAACUAUGGCUGCGACCUCGAUGCGCUGGGCACAGGGGCACGUAUUGGCAUGAUGCGGACGGCCAAGGGUGACCUGCACUACUUCAUCAAUGGUCAGGACCAAGGUGCUGCCUGUUCAGGCUUGCCUCCCGAGGUCUAUGCCGUGGUGGAUCUCUAUGGCCAGUGUGUGCAAGUGUCCAUCACCAAUGCCACUGGCCCCAUGGACAACAGCCUGGCUACCAGCAACACGGCCACAGAGAAGUCAUUCCCCUUGCACUCUCCAGUAGCUGGUGUGGCUCACCGGUUCCACAGUACCUGUGGGAAGAAUAUAUCUCUGGAGGAGGAUGGCACGAGGGCAGUACGUGCAGCUGGCUAUGCUCAUGGCCUUGUCUUCAGCACCAAGGAGCUCAAGACUGAGGAAGUCUUUGAGGUAAAAGUAGAAGAGCUGGAUGAGAAGUGGGCAGGUUCCCUCCGGCUGGGACUGACCACCUUGGCGCCUGGGGAGAUGGGCCCUGGAGCAGGCGGUGGCCCAGGCCUGCCUUCCUCCCUGCCCGAGCUCCGAUCUAAGACCACCUGGAUGGUGUCCAGCUGUGAAGUGAGGCGUGAUGGGCAGCUCCAGAGGAUGAACUAUGGCCGUAACCUAGAGAGGCUGGGGGUGGGGAGCCAUGUGGGCAUUCGGCGGGGGGCAGAUGACACAAUGCACAUCCUGGUCGAUGGAGAAGAUAUGGGACCUGCGGCCACUGGUAUUGCCAAGAAUGUGUGGGUGGUGCUGGAUCUCUAUGGACCUAUUCGGAGUGUGUCUAUCGUCAGCUCCACAAGGCUAGAGGAAUCAGAAGGCACCCAGCCUCCUUCCCCCACUUCGGACACUGGCAGCGAGGGCGAGGAAGAGAAUGAGGGCGAGGAGCAGAGCCUGGGCGGCCAGAAUCAAGUGGCCAUUAUGCCAACAGCCCUCGAGUUCCUGGAGAACCACGGGAAGAAUAUCCUCUUGUCCAAUGGGAACCGCACGGCUACUCGGGUGGCCAGCUACAACCAAGGCAUCGUAGUUAUCAACCAGCCCCUGGUGCCUCAACUGCUGGUGCAGGUGCGGAUUGACUUCCUGAACUGCCAGUGGACCUCUUCUCUGGUCCUGGGAGUCAUAACUUGCCCACCAGAGAGACUCAACUUCCCUGCUUCGGCAUGUGCCCUCAAACGGGCAGCCUGGCUGCUGCGCGGUCGUGGAGUCUUUCACAAUGGUCUCAAGAUCUGUGAGAAGUUCGGGCCAAAUCUGGACACGUGUCCUGAGGGCACCAUCCUGGGACUUCGGUUAGACAGCUCUGGGGGACUGCAUCUUCACAUCAAUGGGAUAGACCAAGGGGUGGCUGUGCCAGAUGUCCCCCAGCCCUGCCAUGCUCUGGUGGAUCUCUACGGGCAGUGUGAGCAGGUGACAAUCAUGAGCCCCGAACCUGGAGCUGCCAGUGGGAAGAGUACUGGAACCCAAGGGGAUAUGGAGAAAGCUGACAUGGUAGAUGGUAUCAAGGAGAGCGUAUGCUGGGGCCCACCACCCACCGCUAGUCCUCUCAAAAGCUGCGAGUACCAUGCCCUUUGCUCCCGUUUUCAAGAACUCUUGCUGCUUCCCGAGGAUUAUUUCAUGCCUCCGCCUAAACGCAGCCUGUGCUACUGUGAGUCUUGCCGGAAGCUUCGAGGAGAUGAGGCCCACAGGCGCCGCGGGGAGCCUCCUCGGGAAUACGCCCUCCCCUUUGGCUGGUGCAGGUUCAACCUCAGGGUGAAUCCCCGCCUGGAAGCUGGAACGCUUACCAAGAAGUGGCACAUGGCAUAUCAUGGGAGUAACGUGGCAGCUGUCCGGAGGGUGCUGGACCGAGGGGAGCUGGGAGCAGGCACUGCCUCCAUCCUGAGCUGCCGGCCCUUGAAGGGAGAGCCUGGGGUAGGGUUUGAGGACCCUGGCGAGAACUGUGCGCCUCCUCGCGAGGAGCAGCCGCCUCCAGUGCUGCUGUCCCCCUCCCUCCAAUAUGCUGGGGCUGAGAUCCUGGCAUCUAAAGUGCAAUUCCGGGACCCCAAAUCUCAGCAGACACACCAGGCCCAGGUAGCAUUCCAGGUGUGUGUGCGUCCUGGCUCCUACACUCCCAGCGCCCCUUCUGCUGCCCUCCGAGAGCCUCCCGACCCUCACUUCAGCCCUGCAGAACUGGAGUGGAUAACCAAGGAGAAGGGGGCCACGCUCCUCUAUGCCCUGCUGGUACGGGUGGAGUGAGGGGGGGACCUCGCGACAACAAGCACAGCUGGGCCUGGCCCAGGGACUCUCAAGUCUGCCUCCACCUCAUUCCGACGCCCCCUGGAAGCUCAGCCUGGCAGGACGCACGCACCGGGAGCAUGCAGCUGUCAGGCUGGCCGGCUGGCAGGUGGAACUAACCUCCGUAUCCAGAGUCCAGGCGGCCACUUCUUGCUAAGGUGGAGCUCGUGGGGGGGAGCCCAGUGCCAGGCCCUGGGCGACCCCCCCUCUUCAUGCACUGAUUUGGGGGAACAGGACUCCCCCAACUCCUCCCUCCCUUAAUGUGUCACUUAAUUUAUUUCCGUUGUUUUUGUUCCUGAUUACUGUGAAUCCCCGAGGAGGAGUCCCCCCGUGACCCCCCCAACACACACACACACACACACACACACAAAGCUGCUUUUCCCUGGGGGGGCCACAGGGCGGAAGUAGGCAAGGGAAGAAGGGGCCCCUCUGUACAGUUGACAGUUGCCUCCGACUGACUUCCAAGGAGCCAAUAAAAGCCGUCUCAGAG